AAGGGAAUUUCUAAGCCGGAUGAUGGUAUUUGUUGGUGAUGAUGUUGAUGAAGUGAAGAAACAGAAGUUGUUUGAAUCCAGUUCGUUUGGGUUAUGCAGCUCAGGAGAGACGUAUGGACAUGGAGCAAGGUAGAAGGACCACGUUCAACCAGAAAGCUAGUCCAGAAAGUCUCUUGCUUGGUGCUGCACUUCUCAUCGUUGACGGUCCAACUCAAACCGUCCGAGUCUCACUGUGGCUUGACCACCUGCAUUGCGUCUCUACAAGACUGUGCCCACCGCAAGAAUCUCACCAAAGGCAGGCAACUCCACUCCUACAUGUUCACAAGUGGCUUCCUCAACUCCCCUCUAUCCAUCACCAGCCUGAUCAACAUGUACUCCAAGUGCAACCGAAUGGAAGAUGCUGUUCUGGUCUUCAAUCACUAUGCUCGUGACUGUAAUGUGUUUGCCUAUAAUGCAAUCAUUUCUGGGUUUGUUUUAAAUGGGCUUGCCGGAGAUGGGUUUGAGUUUUAUAAGCGUAUGAGGUGGGCGGGUGUUAUGCCGGACAAGUUUACUUUUCCAUGUGUGAUCAAAGCUUGUUGCGAUGUUGUGGAGGUUUUGGAGGUUAGGAAGAUUCAUGGUUUACUUUUUAAACUUGGGUUGGAGUUGGAUGUGUUUGUUGGAAGUGCUUUGGUUCAUACUUGUUUGAAAUUUGGGUUGAUGGAAGAGGCACAGGAGGUGUUCGAGGGAUUGCCGAUUAGGGAUGUUGUGCUUUGGAAUGCAAUGGUUAAUGGUUAUUCACAAACUGGGAGGUUUGAUGAGGCUUUAGGGAUUUUUAGGAGAAUGGGUGAAGAAGGGAUUGUCCCUAAUAGAUUUACGGUUACUGGUGUGUUGUCGGUUUUAGCUUUCAUGGAGGAGCUUAACCAUGGGAGAGCGAUUCAUGGAUUUGCAAUGAGAAUGGGGUAUGUCUCUGGUGUUGCAGUUUCCAAUGCAUUGAUUGAUAUGUAUGGGAAAUGCAGGUGUAUUGGACAUGCUCUGGAAAUUUUUGAGAUGAUGGAUGAGAAAGAUAUAUUUUCGUGGAACUCGAUUAUUGCUGUUUAUGGACAAAGUGGUGAUUAUGAUGGUGCUCUGAGACUUUUUGAUAAGAUGUUAGGUUCUGGAGUUCGGCCUGAUUUGGUCACUGUCACGGCAGUCCUUCCUGCUUGCUCUAAUCUGGCUGCAUUAAUGCAUGGAAGACAGAUUCAUGGGUAUAUGAUAGUCAAUGGGUUGGGAAAGAAAGGCAAUAAUAAAUACACUGAUGAUCUGCUAAUGAACAAUGCUGUUAUGGACAUGUAUGCAAAAUGUGGGAGCGUGAGAGAUGCUCAGUCAGUUUUCUAUAAGAUGAGCAAUAAGGAUGUAGCAUCAUGGAACAUCAUGAUCAUGGGUUAUGGCUUGCAAGGUUAUGGUAAUGAGGCAUUCGAUGUGUUUUCACGUAUGUGUGAGGCACAAACGAAGCCUGAUGUGGUCACAUUCAUUGGGGUAUUGUCUGCCUGCAGCCAUGCAGGCUUCGUGAAACAAGGGCGCGAGUUCUUGACACUGAUGAAAUCAAAAUAUGGUGUGGAUCCGGCUAUUGAGCAUUAUACCUGUGUGAUUGACAUGCUUGGUCGAGCCGGGCAGCUCGAGGAGGCUUAUAAAUUGGCACGAACAAUGCCUAUUGAGGCCAAUCCUGUGGUGUGGAGGGCUUUGUUAGCGGCAUGUCGACUCCAUGGUAAUGCUGACCUUGCUGACAUUGUUGUAAGACAGAUAUUUAAACUUGAGUCAGAGCACUGUGGAAAUUAUGUAUUGAUGUCAAAUAUAUAUGGAGUAAUCGGUCGAUAUGAAGAGGUAUUAGAGAUUAGACAUGCAAUGAGGCAACAAAAUGUGAGAAAGACACCAGGAUGUAGCUGGAUUGAGCUCAAGAAUGGUGUGCAUACUUUUAUUACGCGUGAUAUGACCCAUCCUGAAGCCAACCUUAUUUAUGUUGCGUUAAAUUCAUUGACUGCUCGUCUACAGGAAUAUGGGUCUCUAACAUUGGAUUUUUGCUGAAAGAAUACCAUGGCAUUGUGCCUUCUUUCA